ACAUCAGCUCUGAGAUCCUCAAGCUCUACAAAACAUCUCCUGAUUCCUUCUGUGAUUGAGAAGAAACAUCUAGAAGAAUGAGAAGCCUGAUGUUUCUGCCUGUUCUGGUGCUCUUCUGCUCUCUGCAGGACACUUCAUGUGCUACAAAUGCAAUUAUAUCAGCAAAUUCAGUCUGCUGUGAAGGGUUCACUAAUAUAAACAUCCCUCUGAGGAAGAUAGUGUCUUACCAGUGGACCACCAGUACAUGUGCAACAAAAGCCAUUGUGUUUAACACAAUCGCAGGAAAAGCGAUCUGUGUAGAUCCUGACAACACCUUGGUGAGCGGCCAAGUUGCUAAACUGGACAAAAAAACAUCAUCUGCUUUAUCCACAUCUGCUACAACAAAAGCUCCUGCAUCCACAUCUGCUACAACAUCAUCUCCUGAAUCCACAUCUGCUACAACAUCAUCUCCUGCAUCCACAUCUGCUACAACAUCAUCUCCUGCAACCACAUCUGCUACAACAUCAUCUCCUGCAUCCACAUCUGCUACAACAUCAUCUCCCGAAUCCACAUCUGCAAAAGCAUCAUCUCCAGCAUCCACAUCUGCAACAUCAUCUCCUCCAUCCACAUCUUCUACAACAGAAACCUUUACUACAGCAGAGUUUCACCGCACCACACUUUAAAUGUUUCUGCAGUUC